CUCCUACUGAAUCUUUCUUUUUAUUUUUCUUCCUUUUUUUUUCUUAUCUUUUUUCGCACGUAUUUCGUCAUUUUCAUUCAAACACACCAUGGCUUCUGCAGCAUCCGAAGACGAAGUCAACAACGUUGAACAGAUCCCUGUCGAACAGAAAGGCGCUUUCCAUUCAUUUCUGAAAUCGCUGGCCUCUUUCUCUGGCGAUUUAUCCUCGCUGACGUGUCCUGCUUUUCUUCUAGCGCCCGUGUCGUUGAUUGAAUACUCGUACGUAGGAAGGAUGAGUUGGGAUUUAUGAGUUGUGCCGUGGUUUCCAAUGGAAAGCGACCGGGUUUUCUAUAUCAAAGAGAAGGGCAAAAAAAAGUAAUAGGAGAUAUUCUGAAUCGGAUGAUGAACUGGAA